AAUUGAAGGACGAAUUCUGCAACCAACUGAUACAUACCUCGAUAUAAACCCUAGCUCCCUCCCUCCUUGUUGUGCGUUGAAUUACAGUACUGCAUUGCCAUUGGCAAUAUUGCCAUAAUUGGCAUUGAGAUGGAGUUCGCAUGGCUGGUCUUACUCACGCAGCUGUCUCUUCUCUUCUUCUUCGGCUGUUGCGAUCGGGACGAUCCUAAUUACGCGUUCGUGAAACAUUCGAGUGGGGCCCCACCAGUAUCGUACCACGACUACAUCGUUGUCGGUGGCGGCACCGCCGGCUGUCCCAUGGCCGCCACGCUGUCGGAGGGAUUCGACGUGCUGGUCCUCGAGCGAGGCGGCUCCCCCUACGGAAACCUCAACAUAUCGAACUUGGCGUCCAUGGUGGACAACCUCGGGGACCUCUCCCCGGAAGGGCCCGUGCAGCGCUUCGUCUCCGAGGACGGCGUCAUCAACUCGCGGGCCCGCGUCCUGGGCGGCGGCUCCUGCAUCAACGCGGGUUUCUACUCCCGCGCGAGCGCGCAGGAGGUCGAGAGCAUGGGCUGGGACGCGCGGCAGGUGCGGGAGGCCUACGAGUGGGUCGAGGAGGUGGUCGCCUUCGAGGCGCGGCCGGUGAAUUGGACGGCGGCGCUGAAGGACGCGCUGGUGGAGGCCGGCCUGACGCCGGACAAUGGCUUCACCUACGAACACCUCAAUGGGACCAAGAUCGGAGGCUCCAUCUUUGACCCGACCGGCCACCGGCACACCGCCGCCGACCUUCUCCGGUACGCCAACCCGAGAAGGCUCACCGUGCUCUUGCGCGCCACCGUCCACCGGAUAUUGUUGCAGAAAAAAAGAGGAGGAAGCAGAGCACGAGCACAUGGAGUGAUUUACAAGGACGCGUUGGGGAAGAAGCACAGGGCGUAUCUGAAGGGUGGCGCCGGUGAGGUUAUAUUGGCGGCCGGAGCGUUAGGGAGCCCACAGUUGCUGAUGUUGAGUGGAAUCGGGCCGGCCGACCACCUGAAAUCUUUGGGAAUCAAGGUGGUGAUGGACCAGCCGCUGGUGGGGCAGGGAAUGUCGGACAACCCCACGAACGCUGUCUUAUCGCCAUCGCCGCUUCCCGUCGAUCUCGCCUCCGUACAAGUCGUCGGGGUCUCUCCUUUGGGAUUCUACGUCGAGCACUUGACUGGCUUCAACGUCCUUCCUGCUCUUUCCAUCGACACUACCAACCCUCGUCAAGCAUCUCAGGUAUUUUUCGGCGCUAGCGCCGUCGAUGACGAGAGCGGUACCAUCGGCGUCACCUUCCAAGGCGGCUUGAUCGUGGAGAAGGUCGCUCGGCCUCUUUCGCGCGGAUACCUCAAGCUCAAGAACCGCAACCCCAGCGAGAAUCCGUCCGUCACCUUCAACUACUUCGCGGCGCCGGAGGAUGUGGAGGUGUGCGUGGAGAGCCUGAAGACCAUACAAAGAGCCAUCCAAUCCGAAGCAUUGGCCAAGUACCGGUAUCCUGAUCUCACCAUCGAUGACCUGGUUGACAUUUCUGCCAACCUCAUCGUGAACGAGCGACCUAGACAGGCCACCUACAACUCCACCAACCUCGAUCAGUACUGCAAGGACGUGGUGCUGACCAUUUGGCAUUUCCACGGCGGAUGCCUGGUGGGGCAAGUGGUCGACCGGGAAAACAGAGUUCUCGGCGUCGACGCGCUUAGAGUGAUCGAUGGCUCUACUUUUAGCUUCUCGCCGGGGACGAAUCCUCAAGCUACUGUUAUGAUGAUGGGAAGGUACAUGGGUCUAAAGCUGCUGAACAAGAGAUUGGGGCGAAAGAACAUGCAUUAAUUAAUUAAUUAUUUAUUUAUUUAUUUUGGGUCGUGCAUACCUUAAUAAAUGAAUUUGUGAGGACACGAACGUUCGAAAAAAUAUAUAUUGAUUUGAAGUGUGAA